AGUCGCCAUUCAAACGCCAGUCAGUUCGAACGUGUUUCUCUCAACACCCACUAUAAGUCGCGUCGCCUUUUUCCACUAUAGUUCACCCCGUGGGAAAAUCCACAGUCUAUCUAAGUGCUAUUGUUUUGAACGCGUGUACGCAUUUGCGAUUCAAAUUUUGGCCAGCGUGUCUAUCAAAAAUUGCGCCAGUUCGGAAACUUUGGAAAGAACCGUGAAAGUUGUCACCGUGAAGCUGCUCAGAGUGCGAAUGUGAAUGUUUUGAAUUUCCGUUCAAAACAAAAUAUUCAAAAAUAGUCUGCUCUCGAGAGUGCACCAUCUAUAACAGUCGAUUGACUCUGCUAGCGUAAAAGUGAAGCCAAAAAAGAUUGGCCAAUCAUAUUAUCUUCGUGGAUCUGGUUUGGAAUUCAGUGACACCGUUUGAAGAUCUGUGCAUUUGUUUUAUUGUUUUCAAGUGACGCGUAAAUCCAGCAAAGAAGUAUUCAACGAUGGCCAAGUACGGAAUCCUGCUAUUCGCGUCGGCGUUCCUGCUGGCUGCUACAUUCCAACAAGCCGAUGCUCUGCGAUGCUGGCGGUGUUCGUCGGAUGCUUCGACGGCGGCCUUCUGCGAUGACCCAUUCACCCAGGACAUCAUCACCGAACAGCAGCGGCGUUGGAGCUUCGUCGACUGCAGCUAUCCACCCGGAACGGGAUCGUAUCCGUUCAACCAGCAGCAGUCCCAGACGCGUGCCGUGUGCAAGAAGAUGAAGCAGAUCAUUAACGACCGAGUAGUGGUUUCCCGCUCGUGUGCCUGGGAAGACGUCAAUGCUACACCGAACAGCUGUGUCAACGCCCAAACGCCGUCCUACAUCCGAACUGAUUUCUGCGAAACCUGUACGACCGAUGGUUGCAACGGAGCGUCCCAGUAUGGCCCUGCCGUGGCCAUGGUGCUACUGAUGGCCCUGGUAGCAAAGCUGCUUGCCUGGUAAACGCAGAACCCGGCCCGAUACCCCAACCAAUUUUACCCUUUGUCCAUAAGCUUUAAAUAUAGAUCAGAUCGGAAGACGCACGUUAUGAAUCAAAUCAAACCGAUACCAUCGUUGCCUUAAUUGUUUUUCGAAAGACUUUUUAUGAAUAGUAACUAUUUAUUGCAUCUCGAUCCCAUUUGAAACUGAACAGAACAACCUUCCCCGUAAUUAAACAUGACGCACUAUGAAAACGAUCAAACUAACCCGGUCUCGUAGUUUCAAUAGAGCUUUCCAAACAGCAAUUACCAGCUGUGAAUGCGCUUACACCAUAGACAUACCAAAUACGAAUAAAAAUGUACAAAUGUAACGUUUACAUCACUUACGAUUUCAUAAACGGUUAAAUUAGUUGCACCUGCUUGCAGCAACAAGAAAAGGCAGCAGAGUUGGAGAUGAAAAGAAUCUGUUAUUUGUUGUUACUACAUACUAGAAGUGCUCGGCGCACAUUUGGAUAUCUACUAUCAUCCAUCUUAAACAAUGAAGCACCAGUUUUCGGGAUAACUGUAAACGUAAUCAAAAAGUUUUACACUACACUGUUUUUUUUUCUUGAUCGUCCACUGGUUAUCUAGGAUAAGGCCUUUCCAUGUACAUAAUAAUUAUAAUUGAUAACGGUAAAUCAAAUAAAGCGAAUCUGUUUCUAAAAGACCAA